AUGGAUUGUGAGAGCAGCAUCGAUCAUCUCUUUCGCGACGAUAUUAAACCACGUGACUUGCCAUCGUGUGAGUUGGAGAACUUGGAUGAGAUUCUGAUUCUACUCAAGACAGCGCACCCGACAGUCCGUUCAGCGGUGCUUACGGAUCUCAUGGAUAAGGAUGGAGCAUACAUUGCCAAGCUCUUGGAUCUCUUUGAUGUUAGUGAACUGGAUGCUGACAAGUCCGAGCUGUAUAAACUGUUUGACGUCUUCUAUGCGAUGCUUGAGAUGUGCAAUCGUGGCGUGAUUGAGAUUUUACUAAGUGAUACCAACUUUAUCUCGGUUGUCGGUGUAUUUGGCUAUAAUCCUGGAUUAAUUCGUGAGAUGGAUUUUCGAACAGCGUUGGAAGGAGGUGGAGGGUUCAAUGAGGUAAUCCCCAUCACUGAUCGGAGUGUGGUGGAGCGUGUACACAUGAACUAUCGGAUCCAAGUGAUUAAAGAUAAUGUGCUGUCACGCUCUCUUCCUGAUGGAUGUGUCCUUUUGUUGGAACACAUGAUCAAUGAGAACAGUUUUUAUAUUCUUACCUAUAUUUCCGAGACUGAAGAUUACUGGAAAGCAAUUAAGGACCUUAUUGUUAGUAAAGACAAGAGACUGGAUGGCCUUGGAUUGCUGAAAGCGAUUCUCAACUUGGUACGAGUGACCAAACCUUUGGACAGAUCUCAGCGCCGUGAGCCGUUUGGAGCACCACCUGUGUUUGGCUCCCUCAUUAGCAGUUUCUUUGGUGAUGGCGAGAUUUUUGCGGCGUUUGCUACGGUUUUGGGUUCUCCUGACUCCAACUCGAAGGAGAUCGCGUUAGCAGUGGACAUUUUGAACGCGUUAGUUUUCUAUCAGGGUCCUGACAGAUUACGAGCAUACCUUGCAAGUGAGGGCAAGUGUGUACCUGCACCGAGCUCGGAUAACGAACGUAUCGUGUGGACUUCUGAAUCGUCGCUGUUUACUGCUUUGCUGCUUGUUUUCGAGCGUGAUGAACCAAUGCGAAUCCAGUUGCUCAACUUGCUGAGGGAUAUUUUUUGCGUGCCGUUGGCGCAGGAUGACAAGUUUUUGAGCGUGCUCUACCCUAACUAUAUGCACUGGCUGCUUCAACCGUUGAAGAAACACACCUUUCUGUACGAUGAAUCCGCUAUGUUUGAUCUGCAAGACAGCAUCAUGGAACUACUCACAUUAUGCACGGAAAACCACGGCUAUCGCGUUAAAUAUCUAUUUGGGAGGCAACCAAUUGCGUCGUACGCUGAGAAAAUGCUACGCUCCAAGAACAAGCUUUUCGUUAUUCACGCAGUGAAGUUUGUUCGAGCUUGCAUAGUACGAGCCGAGGCUUUCUUUUCCAGAUUUUUGAUUCAGAAUGAUCUUUUUACACCGAUGCUAGCGAAUCUGGAGAUUGGAAAGACGAAUACGGGGGCUGUUAGUUCAGCAGUCUUGGAAGCACUAUCAUAUAUAGAGAAGACGAACAUGACGUCUUUGGUCGAGCACAUCUACACAAAGUUUUUCGAGACAUAUAAAGCGGAGUGUCCACUAGUGUUUGAGGCCAUCCGUGCACGCCAUAAUGAAAACUCGGGAUCUGUAGCCGAAGCUCUGGAUUCCAUCGAUAACAACAAGGUCCGCUUUGUACGGGCAGGGAGCAUUGUCGAUGAAGAAGAGGAGUUGUACUGGGAGAAAGAUACUGAAACGACUGAACCUGCACCCGAACUCAAAAACGGACUAUCAGAGGAGGUGUCUUGUCAGAACAGCCCGAGAUUAGUAAAAUUGGUGGAUUACGAUGACGACGACGACGAAUCAACGACUCCGAAGGAUGAAAGCAACUCGGCUGAGGCAGCAUCUGCUACGUCUCCACGUGGUGCUGAUAUCGAUGAAAAACGAGAACUUCAGCUCCCAGUACGCAAGAAGAAGGAGGAGGAAGUGACCGCUCAAUCAUUUCUGGGAGGAAAUAGUGUACUCGCUCACAAAAAAGCUCACCAGAAAAUCUCGAAUAAGGCUCGGUCGCCCCAGUUUAAGAACGUGUUCCAGAAGAUAUCAUGGAAGCUCAACACACCUGUCAGCAGUACUGAACAUGGAAGCAAUAUGCUGACAAAGGUUGCGACCGAGAAAAAGGGUUGCAACGACGGCAGCAGUUUUGCACAGCGCGAUGAUAGCAACAAGAAUAGUGUAGGGAGCGAGUAUGUGGCCUGUGAUGAUGGUGUAAACGCUGAGUCAGCAGCUUUGAUCGUUGCGAAGCGGAAGCUAGCACUGGAGGAAGUGACAAACUCAGAGCGUUUGCUCAAAAAGGCAAAAUCAUGUACUCCGAUCAGCUCCAGCUAG